AUGUCGAUCGACGACAUUAGCCCGUGGUGGGAGGACGAGGGAAGGCGCGGCGCGAAGGCGCUCGCCAUGCUGCGCAGCUGGGCAGAGGAUCCACAGAAGAUGGGGGACGAACCUGUCGUGCUCGCCCUUGCCGACCCGUCGUUUGAGCCAAGAACCCGCGCCGCCGAGGGUUACAACACUCUGCGCCAGAUGCUGGUACGCUUCGACGCGCACCUUGAUUUCGAUCACCGUUCCGACUGGGAGGCCGCAAAGACAUUCUUUGGAGUUGUCCCAACCGUACCAGUUUUAUUCUGGUCUCACAAGACGUCGUUCCUGACUUGUGCCGAAAACCUCGCAAUGCUCGGCGCGUACACACGGUCUCAGAUCGUGUACGAAACCCACGCUCUGCGUGGGAUAAUGCACGCGAACGGGAUGUUCGUGGGGCAUCUCAGCACCCGUGUUGGUACGACAUGGUUCAACACGGACGGAAGCAUGAGCAUCAACGAGCUGCCCAAGUACCCCAAGUACCCCAGUAAUCUCGCCUUUCUGGGACCCCAGAAUGAGGAAGUCUUGUACCCCCCCGCGGCGGUGGCUCUGAAGCCGCAGCCACGCCGCUCGGCCGGCGCUCCUAACUCAUCCCGGUCCACAAUCAUAGGGAGUUCGAUGUGGCUUGUGCCGGCCUCCUCGUCCCCAGUAGCGGCCGCCACGCGACAGCUUCCUCCCCCCCUUCGUGUCGAACAGUCUGCUCCACGGUCUUUGUCGCUGUGGAUCCCUCCCUCGCAGUUCGGACUCGCCCCACCAACGUCCUCCACUGCCGGUCCAUCCUCGCCAACCGUCUUCCCGAGCUCGCCAAACCCACAGCCUCCGCCUCAGACUUCUCCUCAUACUGUCGCGGUGCCCUUUCCUGCUCUGCCGUUGGUGGACAAGCCUCUACCAUCGAUGCCGUCAUCAGAGUUUGAGUUUCCAGCCCUAAGCCAGGCGCUACCUCAGUCCCCCGUCUCGUCGCGUCACCACCAUCGUCACAGCACCCCGAAUGAAACCACGGCUGAGGUUGCCAACAUCAUGUCGGCAUACGACCGCAAUACUCACUGCCGCGGGCGUCGCCUCUCCAUCACACUUGGGGAUCCCGUUUUGCCUCGUCUUGAUCCUUACGCCCGUCCAGGAUCACCACUUCGUUCGACGGGCCUAUCCAUGAAUCGUGGACCAGUAUCCCCUACGCGCGCCAUGUCGUCCCAUCGCCGAAUGCGCAGCGUAUCCCGCACAGCGACCCCCCGUGACGACGUCAUCGACUACACCGACAUCCCGUCCUUCUCACUCUUCGCUCAGGCAGGCCUUGGACAGCAAUACGCAAGGGCUGGUCCGAGCAGCUCUUCAGUCACAACGCCAGCCGCGUCGUCAAGCAGCCCGGUCAACUCAUCACGCCCCGUUCCAGAGUCACAUGGGCCCGUCUCGUCCUUUGCACCGGCCUUUCCCCAGGUGGAUCCCCAGCGCACUCCUCGAGCACGCGCGGCGCGUGCACCACCGCGGCCUGUCCCAGAGCCAAUCUAUCCCGAGUUGCCGAUGCAGCCUCUCCGGCCAGCGCGCCAGGUCAGGCGCCCGCGUUCCAGCUCGAACCUCCGCCAGUAA